AUGCUUAGAUCGAUAAGUCUAAGGAUCUGGUCAAGCUAUCGACUCAGUUCCACAUUCUCAAAGGAUACUCUCAAGAGUGUGAAUAUUGACUUUAACAAUGGGAAUUACCACGGUAAAGUAGUUGAUGAGAAUCAAAAUGAUUCACAAGUGAUUGAUAGAGAUGCAUUAUUUGCCCAAAAUAUUGAUUCUGGAUAUAGAAAUGAAUCAGGUGAACCUGUACAGGGCAAAAAUUCCCAAGAGGCAAGACUGACUCCACAAACUCUAGUAGCAAGAACUUAUAGAGGUCAACUGGGGCUUGAUACCAACGUUUCUAAAGCCAUUAAUAACCACAUUUUGUCUUUACAGAUUCCAAAUAAUACAAGAAGAUUAUCAUCUCAGUAUUUUGUGGAGAUGCGCCAGAGUAAAGUGCAUAGACCUACAAGAACAAAGAUGGAAGUCGAUUCUCACAUUGCAUCAAUCUUUUUACAAAAUUAUGGUGCCAUAUAUCAAAGUUUAGCUGAACUUAGGAAAAGGGUAGGAGCUCAAAAUUUUCAACCAAAGAAAAUAUUAGACGUCGGGUAUGGUCCUGCUACAGGUAUGGUAGCAUUAAACGAUCUUAUGGGUAACGAUUUCCAACCAGAAUUAAAGGAAGCAGUGAUCUUAGGACAUUUAGAUAUGGAGAAAAAAGCCAAAAUUAUACUGAGUCGACAAAUAAAUGAAAUUCCACAAGAUGUUUUAAAAGAAGAAGAAGAACAACAACAGCAACAAGAUGACAUUAACGAAGAGGAUGAAUUAGUUGGUGAAGUGAUGACUAAAAAGAUUAAAAUUAAUACCAAACUAAGAGAUACGAUACCAAGCUCAAGGCAGUACGAUUUAAUCAUUCUAACGCAUCAGUUAUUGAAAAGUGAAGAACGAUUCCCGAUCCAAAUCGAUGUUAAUUUAGAGCACUAUCUAAGUAUGCUGGCUCCUGGUGGACAUCUAGUGAUUGUUGAAAGAGGUAAUCCGUUGGGUUUUGAAACAAUCGCUCGUGCUAGACAAAUUAUGGUUAGACCAGAAAAUUAUCCCGAUGAGCAUGGUAAAAUUCCAAGACCAUAUAACCGCGGAUCAUCCAAGAAUUACAGCGUAGAAUAUGAAAAGGGUGCGAAUAGUGAAGAAGUGGAAGAAGCGCAAAGGUUGAUUGCAGAACUUGAUGAGCAGUUCGGUUCAGUAAAAGACGAAGAACUUGAAUUCGAGCCUGAGUUAAUGGAUUCUAUAGCCGAGAAGGGAAGAGGUGAUGAAAAUAACAAUUAUCAUUUAAAGAUUAUUGCACCUUGUCCUCACCACAGGAAAUGUCCAUUGCAGAUUGGCAAACCACAGUAUUACGAAUAUCCAGAAGGUAAGAAUCUAAAGUUUUGUAAUUUCCAAAAAUCAAUUACAAGACCUAAAUUCACCAUGGAACAUAAAAAGGGUAAAAUGCUAGCGACGCCAUGGCAGGAGCCCACUGAUGGUAUUGGUAAAAAGGGUUUAGCUAAACCCGGUACAGGUAGACCUAAUGGACGUAAUUAUGAGAUUUUAAACUACUCGUAUUUGAUUGUGGAACGCUCCAGUACGGAUGAACAAACUUUACAAGACAUCGAAACGCAACGUUCAGCUCAAACUACUUACGAGCUCGGAUCCCUAGGUGACAAUACCCAAUCUACAUGGCCAAGAAUAAUAAAGCAACCAUUAAAGCGUAAGGGCCAUGUUACAAUGGAUCUCUGUGGUUCAUCAGGUGAAUUGGAAAAGUGGAUUGUACCAAAAUCCUUCGGUAAGGAGGCCUACCACGACGCACGUAAGGCGAGUAAAGGUGACCUUUGGGGGUUAGAUGCCAAGACAAAGAUGAAAAGUGUUGUUAAUUUCAAUGUUGCUAAAUUCCAAGCAAUUGAAAAGGAAUUGAUUAAACAGAAGAAGAGAGAGGCCAAGAGAAAAGAUCGUGAAGUUUCUGAAGUCUACAACGAAAUAACCCAUGGCGAAAAUGGUGACGUAGAUACAUUGGCACAAGUUUUGGCUCAUGAAUACCAACGUAAUAGAGGCAAAAAGGAUAAGAAGAGAGAAGAUUGA